CAACUUGUUGAGUCGGCUUUGGAAGAUGUUCGCCGAGUUGUGCCGACUUUGCGAGCGUCCGGCGGCCGACGGCGGCCACCGAGCGGCCGAAUUGGACAAGGACAAGUUGGCCGAGUGGUGUUUGAAUUUCUUGGGCACGACUUUGGCCAAAGAUAUCGACGACCAAGACCUCUUCUGCUACUUCUGCGUCUGGGACGCCAGGUUUUAUCACAGCAAGACCAUCAAUACCUACGAUGAGAGCGAUGACUUUUGCUGGUGGCCGGAGCAAGAUUCCAACAGAAAUACUCAAAACCUGUAUAAAAAUUAUGGCGCUGGAAAAGUGCAGCAGUGUUGGGUUUCUCUGGAAAAAUUGCCAAGUGAGGAAAAUGCAAGUGACAGUGCUGGAGGAAAGGCUGAGUCAAAAAUAUUCGAAAAUUGCGGCUACUGCAACAAACAAUUGAUUCAUUUAGUAAGGCAUAUACAGAAUAAUCAUGCAGAUAUUGCUAUUAGAUGCAAUUAUCACUCACUUUGCAGCAGAUAUUUUCAAACUGUUGAAGAGAGAGACGCUCAUGUAAAAGAAUUUCAUUUGAAGCCAAAAGUAGAAAUUCUUUACGACUGCAUUUAUUGUCUUAAAAAAGGUUUUAAUGUCAAGGCUCUAUGUAGACAUGUUAAAUCAAAGCAUCGUGAUGUGGCAAUCAGGUGCAGUAAUCAUAGUUGUGCUUUGUAUUUUAAAACUCGGGCUGAGAUGGAUUUGCAUUUAGAGAAAAAACACAAAAGUAGCAGAGAAAAUGAAAAAUGUAAAUGCUCAAUCUGCGACUAUAAAGCUGGAAGUUGGCGUUUCAUUGAAAAUCACGAGGCAAAAGCUCAUCAAGUGCUAAAAAUAAUCAAAUGUCAGAAAUGCCCAAAAACUUUCUCAAGUAGAAUUGAUUUGAAACUUCACUUUAAUUGUACUCACAACUUUAGAAAAUGCCCUGCUUGCAAUUUUAGAAUUAAACUUUGCAAUUACUCUUCUCAUUUUACAAAACGUUUUUGCAGGAAAUGCAAAUCCGGUUUUGAUUGUUUAGAAUUUCUCAGAAGGCAUGAAAAGAAUUGCAAACAUGGAUUACAAUGUGAACUUUGCAUGAAAAGUUUUAGGCAAAAAGCUUUGUUGCAAUACCACGUGAACUUGAAGCAUUUAUUAGUUCAGAAUGUGCGAUCUUCAAAAUCCAAUUCGAGCUUAAAUUUUCAGAGAUUGAAUACAAUAAAAUCAAUCGCUAAGAAAUUUAAUUGUGCUCACUGCAGCAAGGAACUUUCAUCAAAAUACAGUAUUGAGAAUCACUUGGCAUGUGUUCACAAUCUGAUUGAGAAAAAACAUUGUUGCGAUCAAUGCUUGGCUAAAUUUUAUGAUGCCUCAAUAUUGAAAAAACACAUUCGCAACAUGCACUUAAAUGGCAAAGCAAAAUGUAAAAUUUGCAACAAGGAAAUGUCCUGUAGUUCUUUAAGAACGCACAUGAUUAACAUUCACUGCGCCUUAGAAUGAGAAAUCGUCUGCGGCUUCAAUGCCCACCAGAUUCACAUCCGGUGCGCGCAAUCAAGUAGCCCAGGCCUGGAAAAUAUUUCAAGUUUUGCCCUUUGGACCUGAGCCAACGUCAGAACAAGAUUUUUUUUCUUUUCUCUACUGCUUUUCCUGGAAUAAUAAUCUUGUAAAUACAUUUAUGAACUUAGAAUAAUUUCAAACUUUUGAUGAUUAGUAAAAACAAGGUAUGAAAGAAGAUAAAACCUUUACAUGUUUUUAGAUUUAUAUUAUUUGUUAUCGUUAAGAUUUUGGUUUUCAGUUACAGAUUGUUUUUCGGGACAAAAAGGAAUUGUAUAAAUUUGUGAAUCCAGAAAUAAAUGAUUGAAAUACAAAACACAGAAGUUUUACGUAUCAAUUCAUCAAAAUUAAUUUUCUAGAAUAUAUUCAACCAUAGUUCUUAAAAAAGUUUUGAGUUUUUCUUUAUAUCAUUAAUUUCCCUCAUAAUAUUUAAGAGAGAAAGAAAUUCCUAGUUUU